ACAACGAUCCCAUUCACUUUUACCUUGUCGCCAUAUUGAUUUAUUUUAAAGGGUCGCAGAAAACAUAUAAACGACAUUCUAAGGGUAAAUGUUAUUUAACUUAGAAUAUUGUAACUGAUGUUUCAUUUGAUUCGAGUUUUGAAUGUAUUUUUGUAAAUUGUCUUUGUAAAUCAUAUAAAAAUACUUUAAAAGGGCUUAAGGGCUUAGUUCGCAGCAUCAGUCUGGUUGGACUCACGAGGGCUUUAUAAACAAGUGGUCUGACGUGUCGAAGCGUAAUUACCAGGAGCGUGGGAUGUCAUUCACUAAUACAAUAGAACGACAUUCAAUUGCCGCAGUAAUUGAGAGAAUUCUAGUGUUAUAAUCUCGGAAUCGACAACGGGCAGUGCCCAUUCGCAAAACACCUAACCUCGAAUAAUAACAGGCUCGAAACAUGGGGAAUAUGUGUAAUGACUGUAUGGCCAGGGUGCCAUAUGCCACUCUCAUUGCAACCAUCAUGUGUUGUUUGGGAGUAGGCAUAUUCUGUGGAACAAUGUACAGAGGUGUUACAUUAGGUUCUUUGAUGAUGGAUCAGGUGUUUCAUUUACGACUUGGCUGGCUAGAAGCUGUGCAAUUAAUCUUUGCAACAAUUGGUGCUAGCAUGGCAGCCCUGGGUUUUAUGAUACUAUGUGUUGGUUGCCUUGCAACUGGAGCUACAAGACACAGAGUAUAUCGUGCAUGGAGAUCCAGAGUUGGCGGUCGUAUUUCUUGUGCUGUUUUCAUGACAAUCACGUAUAUUCUACAAUUAGGCUGGCUCUUGAUAUUUGCAUUCCUGGUUAUAAUUACUUGGAUUUUCACUAUAUUCUGGGGAUUGUGCAGUAAUCCCAGAGUCCAGUCGCUCGAUCAAUGUAUUGAUUUUACUCAAUUCAGUUUCAUAUUCCCAAAUAAUACUAGAGUAGAAGAUAUGAAGGUGUGUGGACCACAAGAGGUGAAGCUAUUUUGUAAAGAUUUUGUAGAGAAAGCAGAGGUGAUGUUUAUCUUGGCAACAGUAGCUGCAAUGUUAGUUGUGUUGAGUCUUAUACACUAUUUGAUGUGUCUAUCUGCUAACUACGCGCAUAUACGGGGCCACAAAAAAUUCCAAGAGUUACUAGAACUUCAGACCCUGCAGGAUAUGGCUGAAUUAGAUUCUCCGCAAUCUGGUAUGGGCACUUUGAGCUCUCAUCAUCGUACCAAGGAUAGAUUCUAGGACACGGCCCGCGAGAUCUUUGCUAUGAAUCCUUCGUAAGUGUAACGCUCCUGUGUGCAGGAGACUGAAGAUCUCUCCUCUAAAAGGUUCGAAAAUCUUUCGGUGUUACUCUCUUCUGUGUACCUAAAUUCAGUAUUCUACUAAUAGAGUAUUACUGCAGUAGUUUACUGACUGAAGAUCUUGCGGGAACACUUUAUACCGUCCAUUUUCUGCGACUGUCUUGUAAGCAUUUACUUCGUCUUAAAUUUAUGGAUCAAUUAGGUAACGUUUAGAGCGAAUAAGAUAUAUCAUGUAUUCUAGAAUUGAACAAUUCGACUGUUGAGAUUUGCAGGAUGUUAUAAAAAAUAUGGGCAUAACUGUGGGCACAAAAAGAGAAUUAUUUUUUAUUAUUUUCUAUAUUUCUAUCUAUACUUAAUUAAUUCUUGAAGUUAUGCCCACAUUUUAUGACAUAUCGUACAUAAUUUAAGACAUAUGACAACAUUCCAUGAUUCGUCUGCGUUUGAAUGUGAAUAAGACAUUCAUUUCAAAUAAAAACGUACAAAGAGUGUGUGGAACACAUACAAUA